AUGCCCCCACCAAACACCACCACCCUCCCCCGCAUAGCCUGCUUCCACGGCGGGGGCUCCAACUCAACAAUCUUCGAAAUCCAAUGCUCCUUCCUCUCAAACCUGCUCUCCUCCUCAUUCAUAUUCGAAUUCUUCGACGGUCCAUUCCCCCGCUCCGCAGGCCCAGGCGUCCUCCCGGCCUUCGAAGAAUGCGCGCCCUUCAAAUCGUGGUUCGAGCCGCUGAGUCGGCCGGGGGCUCCUAAUGCGACGAACCCGGAUAAGAAUGAUGGGAGUGGGUAUGAUGCCACCGGACGGGAUGGGGUUGAGCGUGUUCUUGGGCUUAUGGAGGCGAGGGGGCGGGAGAAGGGGUUUGGGGAUGAGUGUUGGGUGGGUGUGAUGGGGUUUUCGCAGGGGACGAGAGUUGCGGGUGGGAUUUUGUUGGAUCAGCAGCGGAGGGAGAGGUUGAAGAGGGAAAAUGGGGCGUUGGCGAGGAGGGCUGUCGGGGAGGGGAUUCGGGUUGCUUUUGGUGUGUUGUGUAAUGGUGGUGGGGUGCCGAUGGAUAGUGAGGUUGGGUUUAAAUUGGAUACCCCCGAUACGGUCAUCCGGAUACCGACGCUGCAUGUGCACGGGUAUAAGGACGAGUUUCUGCAGUAUAGUCGGGACCAGCUGGCGACGUUCUACGACCGGGAUACCGCGGAGCUCUACGAGAUUAACUACCACCACGCGAUGCCGUGGGUCAAGGCCGAGUCGGAAGAGUUGGCGCGGCGGGUUAAGGAGUUAUAUAACAGGACGAGGGCCUAG